UGCUUCAUACACUUCUGCCCCGGUCCGAUCACUGGCGAUCGCAAAUUGGCCGUUAAGUUUUGCUGACCGUUCAUAGAUGGCGCGACCCUUCCAAUCCCGCCGAAGUGGGCGGUUUAGCACUCCUAUGAAACGUGUUGUUUUGCAGACGACGCGAGCUCUGUGCGUAGCGCGGUGGCUGUGAGUUGUCCGCGGCUCCUUGUUUGCUCCCGUAUUGCUUACGAGUCGUGCGGUGCAGUUAGCCGUUCAGUGCCGUUUUCGUGGCGGCGUAACUGCGACAGAGACGAGUUGUGCCGCUGAGGCAAGGAUGCCGCGUUUCCGUCGGCAUUGGAUACUCGUCACAGGCGUCGCCCUUCUUUGGUGCUGCCAAAGCCACGGUGGCGUCUGCUGGGCCGCUUCCACGAGACGUGCGUCAGGACCGGGCCGCACCACCAGCAGUGGUGACGUGGCUGCAACAAGAGGUUCCGGCUCGUGCCAAAAUGAGGAGGUGUCGCAGUGCGUCAGCAAGCUGGACCUGCUGUCUCAGAACAACAGCCUCGCCUUUGCAACCACCGAGGACGAGCUGAAACGCACCUGCUCCCACCUGACGGGCGCCUUGGAUUGCGUGAAUGCUUUCACACGGCGCUGCUUCAACGAGAAGCAGCAGGAGGUCUACAAGCGACUAACCAGCGGCGCAGCUCAGCUCAUCGAAGAUUUCUGCCGGGAAGGAUCUCGAUUCAGGAUCACAUAUCUGAAGCACUCCAAGUGCUACAAAGAGCUGCAAGACGACUACAACAAGUGCGCCUCGAUCUACGUGGCUCAGCGGGCCAAGCUCCAAGAAAAGAAGCUCAGUGCUCAGGACAAAAUACGGAAUUCGUGCUGCCAAAUGGACGGCUACAAACAGUGCGCCAAGGCGGCUGUGCUCCUGCGCUGCGACGUGGAAGCAGCAGAACUCGCCGAAGACAUCAUCGUCAAAGCCGGUGGCAACCUCGUGUCUACGCAUUGCUCCGAAUACCGCAUAGACGAGCCCAGCUGCAGCGGUUGUUCCACGUGGGUCGCCAUUGCGCUGCCGGCAAUUCUAGCUUUGACGGCCUGGCUGCACCUCUUAAGAACGCUGUAGCAGUCAUUCUUAGUCCGUCGGUAAACUGUGCAGCCUGGAAAGACAAAUCAUGCUUACUGAUCCUGCCAUGCUUCGGUAGGGAAGCAUUGAAAAUAUCGAACAGUGACACCCCCGGGUACAAUCCUGGCAUCAGUCGAACUGUACAAUGACAGUGCUCGGUGUCCGGCGACUCGUUUUCUCCUUCAAGGACUGCAUCUUUUAUUUUUAGGAGCGAAGCUCCUUAGGCUCUCACGAUGUCCGUUGUCGCCGUCGUCGUCGUAGCUCCCUGUCGCGCACGCAGCGCGCAUACCGACCGCGCACAGGUGUUGCGCUGCGCCGGCGCCGCUCCGAACCUCUCCGAGCAAACGCACGACGUCAUGCGCAGAACUGUUCGCAGAGCGCACGCAGCGCGCAUACCGACCGCGCGCAGGUAUUGCGCCGGCGCCGCGCCGCUGUCGCUACACUUAGCACUGCAGUAUGGAGGAGCACAAGCGUAAGUGCAAACGUCGUGACUCUGAUCCUACACUUCGAGAACGAGACGCGGCAGCCCAACGUCAACGCCGUGAAACUAACCGCGAGUUACGAGCACGAGAAGUAGCAGCACGCCGGCAACGGCAGCAAGACGCCGAAGCGAAAGCUCGAGCAGCAGCCGUAAUCGUCCAAGGAGCUUCGCUCCAUCUCCAAUUUUUUCGUCUCAUCAUAGUUGUCCGCCAGAAUCGAGGAUGGGGCUGCAGAGACCAGCAGUGGCAAUACAGGUGUUUGGUUCACCUGAUGCUCUGUGACUCUCUGAAAGCGUGUGCAGCCACUCGAGGCGUUCGUGAUUUGUGAGCACUGCAUCGUUGAAGUACGUGUGACGACGCAUUCGGAGUACACCAUGCUCUUCGAGGCCUUGAAACAACCCCUGCUAGUGCCGGAUGCCUUUAGACUACUUUUGACUCUGGGAUCACAGUCCUGCCAAGUUUGAUGAGCUACCACAAUAACCGAAGUUGGUGGGCCACAAAAGGAACCUCCAUCUAAGGCAUAAAUUUUCAUGGAGACGUCAGGUUCUUCACCUGUGUUAUAGGCCUCCAAAAUUACAUUCACUGAUAUGAAUAGAAGCCAGGUUUUGAGAAUAGUGGGCACUCAUUCAACGGGAAGAAGAAAGUGAAUCAAGACUGUGGUCCGCAAUGGAACCAAAAUUACUAUGCUCGCUUAACCCCUUUCGCGAUUUUGUCAUUAUGAAGACCGUUAGUUCCGCGAGCGAGACAUGAGAAAGACAACUUCAGUGGUCUCCAGUGUAGCAAGAACACUCGCACGUCGGCACACAUUUCCCUACGAGUAGAACCCAAACUUUCAUAAUCUGGCGUGAAACGACAAGUGGUAUACGCUGCCACGGCUCCAAUUAAGGCACCCACUGAACUGAACGUGCAGGCUUCCAAUUCCAUCACAGAUGAUAUUUGCUCCUCUUUCUUCAAGCACAGAAUAUUAAUAAUUUGUUUGUGCUGCUAUGUUGGAAAACAUUUAGAAAGAACGUGACGUCUGUCAGUUUUGUGGCAUUCGGCUGUCCAUUCAAUGGAUCGCAAGAAAAAAUUAUCAUCAAGCCUACAUGAGCAAGAACAAAGCGACAAACAGAGAUCCAUUGUGAUCUGUCUGAUCGUAAACCACCCCGCUGGCGUUCGAAAGCGUACAUUCGAAGACUAUGUCACGUUCUGAUUAGCACAAAAGCACAAGGCUGAACAGCGCACUAAGACGUUACAGAAGACCCGCGAAGAAAUGCCAUGUUCAAGCUCAUCCCAGGGCUAUAAUUUGAAGUGCCCAGAUAUUCGCGAGAGAAGGUUGGCUAGAACCACGGACAAGUAAAUGCUACUGUGCCUCAGUUCCUUCCGAGCUCCUCGGGGUUAAAAAACGCACUUAUUUUCUGGAGAAGUCGCCAUGUCGUCCAUUGCCAUAAGUUCUCGAUAGAAGCUGCCCUUGGUACACAGCCGCUUGUGCCAAUAGUGCUGCCUGUGGGAUUGUCAGCUCUGUGUUGUGUGUCGCGAUAGCAAAAGUGGUGCGGCUGCGGGUACACCGACGUAUGCCAGAUGAAAGACGACUUGGGUGCGUGAAACAUCCUGGCAAUGUGCUCGGUUCCGGCGACGAAGUGUUCGCUGACAAUACGCUCGGUGUGCUUGGAACGUCGACGGCAACAUUGUGGUGCUUGUCGAAUCUGCUUCAAGCACGUGCAACGGAACUUCGCGCGUUGUGCUUCUCCGCAACAACAAAUACUCGUACUUUCUCGGCUGCGUACUAUGGGAAACUGACAGGAAAUCACGAUGGUGCAUUUCCGAUGUCUCCCGGAGGAACUCCGCAGUGCCCUUUUAACUGUCACCUUUUGUUGGUUGAGUGAUGAUGUUAAACUAUAGUUCAGACAUUCAGAAUUUGUUUUCUUUUUUAUAGACCGUUUAAUAUUGCGGCGCUUCGACAAUUAUAUUUCUGCGUUAGGGACAUGAGAGAUUGUCUUGCAGUUCAGAUAAAGUUGAAUGUUUGAAUUUAGCUACACUGUAGUCACAAUAGGAGCAAGCUUUUAUUUCUGUGACAUUGUAAUUUGAUAAGCACACAGAGAACAUUUUAUUUUUGUGAAAAAUUGCUGUGGAUCGUAAAUUUAGACGCCUAGGUAGAGGAACUUCCGUCGAUACAGCAUGAACGCUGUGCUCAGACUAUCCCACCUCUGUUAAGUUUUCGUCUGGUGUUGCUAAGCGAAAUAUAGCACGGGCCAUUGUUUUGAUUUACUUAUGGCUGAAAAUAUUUCAUCGUUGCUUACUACAGAUAUAGAAUGUGGAACGCAAAAUAAUAAAUAAUUUGG